AUGAUUCCAGAUCGUUCCUGGGAGUUCCGAAAUCUUCGCGAUCUUCCCAUGGAGCUACGUCCAAGAGGGCGCGCAGUUUCCUGGGCAUCUCAGAGGCUGGUGAUCCUCCGGAGGAAGCUGCACCUGCUCCUGCGCAUCAUGGCCCAGGAGCUCACCUCUGUUGCCCUGCGCAAGGUUGCGGAUGGAGACCGACUGCUGACAACCGUCCCCGACGACUUCAGCAAGCUAGAGCUCACUAGGCCGGCGGAUUUCUCAGCAUCUGCCUUGUGGAGCUUGCGUGCCGCUCUGCGGAUGCGGAAGACGGUGUUGGCGAAGCGGUUGGGUAAAGUCUGA